AUCUCCUCCGUAUCCUCCGAAAUCUUCCACAGCGUCGUCAAGCGCGGCAAUUGGGCUAGCAGAAACCCCGGUCCCAUCCUUGUCUUCUGCAUCGUCUUCGUCGUCGGCAUGGGUAUCGCGCUUCUCGUUGUCUAUCGAUUCAUCAUGUCUAAGAAGGCGGCCAGGCAGGCG